CUCUACUGUAGCAUCAGCCAUGGUCGCCUGGGAGUGACCUCCUAAAACCCUAGCCAAUCCUUGCUCGCCUCCGUCCAAUGGCGUUCGCGCCGCCGCGUCUCCUCCCCCUCCACCCUCCGCCACAGGCCCCCGCCCGCCUCGCCGUCUCCGCGCGACACCACGGGGGCCGCACCGCGCCGGAGCUGUCGGGCCCCACCCCGCGCGUGGUGGUGGUGACCUCGGGCAAGGGCGGCGUGGGCAAGACCACCACCACCGCCAACCUCGCCGCCUCCCUCGCGCGCCUCUCGCUCCCCACCGUCGCCGUCGACGCCGACGUGGGGCUGCGUAACCUCGACCUGCUGCUAGGGCUCGAGAACCGCGUCCACCUCACCGCCGCCGACGUGCUCGCGGGGGACUGCCGCCUCGACCAGGCGCUCGUCCGCCACCGCGCGCUCCAAGACCUCCAGAUGCUCUGCCUCUCCAAGCCCCGCUCCAAGCUGCCGCUCGCGUUCGGAUCCAAGACCCUCACUUGGGUCGCAGACGCGCUCCGACGCGCCGCCAACCCGCCUGCAUUCAUCCUCAUCGACUGCCCCGCAGGUGUUGAUGCUGGGUUUGUCACUGCCAUUGCCCCUGCAGAAGAGGCCGUGCUUGUUACCACCCCUGACAUUACGGCUCUCCGUGAUGCUGACCGUGUUGCAGGGCUGUUGGAGUGCGACGGCAUCAAAGACAUCAAGAUUAUUGUUAACCGGGUGCGACCUGACCUGGUGAAGGGGGAGGACAUGAUGUCAGCGCUUGACGUGCAAGAAAUGCUCGGGUUGCCUUUGCUAGGCGUGGUGCCAGAGGAUGCGGAGGUGAUCCGGAGUACAAAUAGGGGUGUGCCAUUGGUGCUCAACGACCUACCCACACCGGCUGGCCUUGCUCUCGAGCAGGCUACUUGGCGAUUGGUGGAAAGAGAUGCAAUGACAGCAGUCAUGGUCGAGGAGCAGGAGAGGCCCAAGAAGAAAGGCGGCUUCUUUUCAUUCUUUAGUAGGUGAGUCUGAGUUCAGUUGUGGAGGUUAGAGUGUAGAUGGUGUAUAGGCUUGCAACCUGGAGUUUCCGAUUGUUUUCUGCUUUGCUUUGUUCUAGGUUAGAACGAUUCAUUCGUUGUGCUUGAGUAGAAGAAAUAUGUGAUUUUGGCUUGAUGCUUAUAUCGCUGGAGGAUUUGGUUCUACUUAUGUCGAGAACGAAACCGUACUUUUCUUUUCUUCUCAUGGAACUGCACAAUCAUACGCACUUGAUUGUUGCCGUGCGAGUCAAUAAAAUAAGCAUCCAAGUUUAUGUUC